AUGGCUUCCCCCGUGCUCAUGGACCCCGAGCUGCUCGACGGCCACACCGCCGCGUCGCUCUUCGUGAACAAGAACCAGGGCCAAGCCUACACGUACGACGACCUGAUCCUCAUGCCGGGCCACAUCAACUUUGGCGUCGACGCCGUCCGCCUCGAGACGAAAGUGUCGCGCCACCUUUCGCUGCACCUGCCGCUCGUGUCGUCGCCGAUGGACACGGUCACGGAGCACGCGAUGGCCAUUGGCAUGGCCUUGCACGGCGGCAUUGGCAUCAUCCACUACAACAUGACGGUCCAGGAGCAAGUGAAGGAGGUGCGGCUGGUCAAGAAGUUCAAGAACGGGUUCAUUAGCGACCCCAAGUGUCUCUCGCCCGAGGACACGUUGUCUGAUGUGGACCACAUCAAAGCCGAGUUUGGCUUUGCUGGCAUCCCCAUCACGGAAUCCGGCAAAGUCGGCAGUGUCCUGGUGGGUAUCGUGAGUAAUCGCGACAUUGACUUUGUUGAAGACCGUCAGACGAAGCUCAAGGAAGUCAUGUCCACGGACUUGGUGACGGCCCCGGAAGGCGUGUCGCUGACGGAAGCGAACCGCAUUCUGCGGGAGAGCAAGAAGGGCAAGUUGCCGAUUGUGAAUGCCAAGGGCGAGUUCGUCUCGCUCAUUUCCCGUCGGGAUCUUGUCAAGAACCGUGACUUUCCCCAUGCGUCCAAGGACGGGAACAAACAGCUGCUGGUUGGGGCUGCCAUUGGCACGCGUCCGAACGACCGGGAACGCUGUGCAGAGCUGGUGAAAGCUGGCGUGAAUCUCAUUGUGAUUGACUCGUCACAGGGCGACUCGACGUUCCAGGUGGACUUGAUCAAGUGGAUCAAAGCCACGUACCCGGACAUUGACGUCAUUGCCGGGAACGUUGUGACCCGGAUGCAGUGCAAGCGUCUUAUUGACGCUGGAGCUGAUGGACUCAAGGUUGGCAUGGGGGUGGGCUCCAUCUGUACUACACAAGAGGUGUGUGCUGUCGGUCGUGCUCAAGCCAGUGCCGUGUACAACACUGCUCGCUACGCCCGUCAGUUUGGCGUGCCUGUCAUUGCAGAUGGCGGGAUUGCAAGCUCGGGUCACAUUGUCAAGGCACUUGCAGUCGGUGCUUCUGCUGUGAUGUGUGGCUCGCUCUUUGCAGGCACCGAGGAGUCUCCUGGUCAGUACUUUUUCCAGGACGGCGUCCGUCUCAAAAAGUACCGGGGCAUGGGCUCAGUUGAAGCCAUGAUGCAGGGCUCGUCGAAGCGCUACUUUGCCACCCACGCGACUGUCAAGGUCGCGCAAGGUGUGAGUGGUUCUGUCGUGGACAAGGGCUCGCUCAUGAAGUACGUGCCGUACCUGCAGCAGGGUAUCAAGCACGGUCUGCAGGAUCUGGGCCAGGCCAAUCUGAGUGCCAUGCACAGUGCACUGUACAAUGGAGAUCUCCGCUUCGAGUUGCGCACGCCAGCUGCUCAGCGUGAGGGCAACGUCCACUCGCUGCACACGUAUGAGAAGCGUCUGUUCUAA